CCGGGCACCGCGGCCUCGCCCUCGCCCUCCGCCCCUGCGCUUGCACCGCGUAGGCCACCCCCCCCACCGCGCGCACCCCGCAGCGACCCCCGCCCGACCCCCAGCCGGCCCCCCUUUCCCAAAUUUAAAGGGGGCGCAGCAUUAACUCCUCCCGCCUCAGGUGACCUCUCAGGGGUCUCCCCGCCAGAGGUGCCCCGCCGCUGAGGAACAUGGCGAAGGUGGAGCAGGUCCUGAGCCUCGAGCCACAGCACGAGCUCAAAUUCCGAGAAUGUUACACGGGAUGUAGCCUUCUCAGAUUGGCUUCUUUAAUUCAGUAAUAUGCAUGUAAGAUGCCUCGUGUCUGAGCAUGAUAGCGCAUUUUAGUGCUGAACGGUACCCCACUGGAUGGACUGCAGUUUAGCCAUUUACCUACUUCUGAAGGACAUCUUGGUUGCCUCCAAGUUUUGGCAGUAUGAAUAAGUACCAAGGAGUGAGAUUGAUUGCUGGAUUGUAUGGUCCCUUCACUGAUGUUGUUACCACCAACCUAAAGCUUGGCAACCCGACAGACCGAAAUGUGUGUUUCAAAGUGAAGACCACGGCACCACGUAGGUACUGCGUGAGGCCCAACAGUGGGAUCAUUGACGCGGGGGCUGCCAUUAAUGUAUCUGUGAUGUUACAGCCUUUCGAUUAUGACCCCAAUGAGAAAAGUAAACACAAGUUUAUGGUUCAGUCUAUGUUUGCGCCAACUGACACUUCUGAUAUGGAAGCAGUAUGGAAGGAGGCAAAACCGGAAGACCUUAUGGAUUCAAAACUUAGAUGUGUGUUUGAAUUGCCAGCAGAAAACGAUAAACCACAUGAUGUAGAAAUAAACAAAAUUAUAUCCACAACUGCACCAAAGACAGAAACACCAGUGGUGUCUAAAUCUCUGAGCUCCUCUUUGGAUGACACUGAAGUCAAGAAGCUGAUGGACGAGUGUAAGAGGCUGCAAGGUGAAGUACAGAGGCUACGGGAAGAGAACAGACAAGUCAAGGAAGAAGAUGGACUUCGGAAGAGGAAGACGGUGCAGAGCAACAGCCCAGGGCCCGUGCUCGCCGCACCGGGGAAGGAGGAGGGCGUCAGCACCCGGCUGCUCGCGCUGGUGGUCUUGUUCUUCAUCGUCGGGGUCAUCGUCGGGAAGAUCGCCUUGUAGAGGCGGCAGGCGAGGGUGGUCGGUGGGCCCGCCACGUCGUGGGAUUCAAAUUUACUAUAACCGUGUAUAAAAAGAAAUUAAUGUAUGACGACAUCUCACAGGUCUUGCCUUUAAAUGACCCCUUCCUGCGAGUGCGCACACACACAAAUGUAACAUAAUAUAACGACCUUUUAGAAAGUUUAAAAAUGUAUAGUACGUGAUUGGGGAAAAGAAUGAUCUUUGUUAAUGACAAGGGAAACCCUGAUUAAACGACAAUAAUGGCGUCUUGUAAA